AUGUCUAAUUAUCCUCAGUAUAACUUUGAUGAAAAGCCUGCCUCUUCAUCAAAAAUACCACUGAUUACAUUAGGUGCUAGGGUGGUAACUCUAGCUACUCUUCUGGUGUCAUGGGGUGUGUUACAGACUAGUGAAGUUACUUUUGACGAUGGAGCUAGACUUACCUAUGAUUAUUACCGCUCAUACAGCUAUACGCUUUUUGCUGUGAUAGCAGGAGCUGUCUACAAUCUAUUGCAUAUUCCUUUUGCAAUAUAUUUCCUCAUAAGAAAGAAGAGAUUGAUAAACCACAAGGUUUUCCGCCAGAUUGAACUCUAUGGUGACAAGAUUAUCUUUGGUAUAGUAGCAACAGGAGCUGGUACAGCAUUAGGUGCAACAAUGGAUCUACAGAAAAUUGUUUACAACGACGAUAACUCAAAAUAUCAUGAUUUCUUGAACUUGAUGUACAUCCCAUCUGCAUUUGUUUGGGCUGGAUUUGCGACUUCUGGAAUAUCUUCUAUAUUAUCAUCUUUGAGUUUCCAUAAAGAGUGA